AUGGCUGCAGGUGAGCAACAACAACAACAGCAGCAGGGAAAGGGUCCUAACAAUCGUAACAACAACCGCCAGAAGUUCACUGGCAACUGCAACUGCUGUGGCAGAAAGGGCCACAAGGCUGCAGACUGUUGGGACCAUCCAGACAAUGUAGACAAGAAGCCCAAGUGGUAUGUCCCCAAGAAGGACAAGACUGAGGUCAAUGCUGCUGCUACAAGUCCCAAGCCCAAGAAAGGCUCACGUGGUAAAAAUGGUGGGGGUGGUAAAGGUUUCGACAUCCUGAUGGGAGUUGUUGAUCUCUUUGACCUUCAAGUCCAGGUGCUAGACAAGCUCUCUGAGCAUUUGCAAGAGUUCCCCAAUUCUGUUGCUCUUUUGCAAGACCCCAAUGUCUGGAUUGUUGACUCUGGUGCAUCUUACUCAAUGACCUGUCACCUGUUUGGACUGUAUGAUUUGCAACCUUUGCCUGAGUCUGAAGCCCCUGUGUGUGCCAAUGGUGGCACAGCAUCUGUUACCCAGCUUGGUCGCUUGGAUGGUACCAUCUGUGACAAUCAAGGUUCUCCUUGUAUGGAUGCGUGUAUGACUGAUGUUGGAUACUGUGAACAUGGACAGUUCAACCUAUUUGCCUCCAACCGUCUUCUCAAGCGAGGCUGGACUGAACAAGGCAAUGAGUUUCGCAAGUUGUUCACAAGUCCCACUGGUGUAUCUUUUGCAGCUGACAUCAUCAUUGACACCAAGCGUGGCAGGAUCUAUGCGCUCUAUUUCAAGCGUCAUGGCCGGUCUGAAGUUCUCACUCCUGCCAUUGAAGCUGAUUCUACUGGACCUAGGAUGAGCAUUGCUAAGGCUCAUCAACUGUUUGGACAUAGCAGCGAAGACAUCACAAGGAAGACUGCCAAGGCCCUCAAUAUUGUCUUGACCCGUGGUACUCUUGCUCCUUGUGAAGCUUGUUCUCGUGCUAAAGCCAAGCAGAAGAAUGUCCCCAAGGAGUCCGAUCUCCAAGAGCAGUUGACAUUGGACAAUGACAGACUGCAUUUGGAUCAGAGUACUUUGAUCAACAAGGAGACUGGUAAGGUUUUCAAGCAUUGGAGACUGUUGGUCUAUGCCUGCACUGGCACUAAGAUCACCAACUUCUACAAGUCGAAAAAUGGUAUGGUGGAGCCUACCUGUGAGAAGCUGUAUCAGCUUCAAAGCAGAGGUUUCCUGCCUGAUGUGUUGCGCAUGGACAAUGCUGGUGAAAACCAAACUUUGGAGAAGCGUCUCAAGAGCAAGCACUGGAAGAUUCCCAUUGCGGUUGAGUACACUGCUAGGAACACACCUCAGCAGAAC